AUGUCCGGAGUGCGGGUUGGAAGUCCUCAACGGGCCGAUUCGAUCUCGUCCCGAGCAGGAGGAGAAGCAGGUAGUGCUGGCGGAGAACUGUGUGUGGUCUGUGGUGACAAGGCCAGUGGACGACACUACGGCGCCGUUUCCUGCGAAGGCUGUAAAGGCUUCUUCAAACGAUCCAUCAGAAAGCAGAUCGGCUACAUGUGUCGUGGAGCCAAGGACUGUCCGGUGACGAAGUUCCAUCGAAAUCGAUGCCAAUAUUGCCGUCUGAAGAAGUGCCUGUCGAUGGGAAUGCGCAGUGAGUCUGUUCAAGCCGAGCGACGUCCCGUGCAACAGAUCUGCGCCGACAGCCCACCAACCAUGGUGCAGAGUCACAACGCCUCGGCAAACACCACGGAGUCGGUCGGAGAGGACGAGUGCGGCAUCGAUGUGAUGACUGUGAUCGGUAUGGGACCGUCUGAAUCGCCAUCAUCCUCCGGAACAGCCUCAUCGGUCAGCGAAGACGGACCCAUCUUCAACAUUGAGCGGUGUCGAUUCGAGUUGCCGGUGCCACAUCCACCCCCAGCCGAAUUGAAUAUUCAAUUCAUUUGUGAGACGGCCAGCAGACUGCUGUUUUUAUCAGUACAUUGGAUGAAAGAAGCUCGAACAGGUUUAAAACCAUUCACACUGGAAUCGGUGAUGAAGACGAAAUGGUGCGAUCUGUUCGUGCUCGGGUUGAUGCAGUGUGCCGAAGAGGUUGGGCUGUCACGAAUGCUCGAAGCUAUGAACAGUCAUCUGGCGGCUUGCAGUCGAGUCGGGUAA